AUGGCACCUCCCAAGUUUCAAUACCCCAUCGUCGAUGUCUGGUGCAACCUCCCCGGGUUGGGCGCCGCCAUCCCUGAGGUCGCUCGUUUGUUCUCCUACAGCCAUUCUGACCCCGCCAUCGCCGACAAGAAACGGUCUCCUGAGGAGGUGAUCGCUUUGAUGGACGAGGCAGGCGUCUCUCACAUCUGCCUGUCUGCUUGGAGCCGCCCUGGCCAGAUGAUCUUCUCCAACGAGGAGGUUGCCAAGUACACGCGGGCAUACCCAGAUCGCAUCUUUGGCCUUGCUGCCGUCGACCUUCAUAACCCCGUCGAGGCUGUCAAGGACCUCGAGCACUAUGUCAAGGUCGAGGGUUUUGUGGGACUGAGAGUCGUUCCCUGGCUCUGGAACCUGCCCCCCACCGAUGGUCACUACUGGCCACUUUUCGUCAAGUGCAUCGAACUUGACAUUCCCUUCCUCACCCAGGUUGGCCACACAGCGCCUGCAUGCCCGAGCGAGGUUGGGCGCCCGAUCCCGUACAUCGACACCAUCGCUCUCAAGUUCCCAGACCUCAAGAUCAUCAUGGGCCACAUGGGAUAUCCUUGGGCAGCCGAAACCGUCGCUGUGGCCUGGAAGCACAAGAAUGUCUACAUCGACACCAGCGCAUGGUCCCCCAAGUACUAUGCGCCGGAGUUCAUCACGUUUGCCAACACGACCGGGAGGACAAAGGUCAUGUUUGGCACCAACUUUCCUCAGCUGGGCUUGAAGGAGUGCGUUGAUAACGUCAACACCUAUCUUGUUGGCACUAAGGACGGAUUCAGAGAUGCGUCUGUAAAAGAAUUCAUGGGAGGGAAUGCCAUCCGGGUCCUGAAGCUGCCUGCUGCUCCCCUGAACAAGCUCAGGGCCAGCCUUUGA